AUGGAUUUUGCUUGCCUGCCUCCUUGUUUUGCUUUGCACGCGCUUUACAGCUGGGAUACCACGGUUAAAUCCAAGGACAGUUGCAUGUCGGUCAGCCGCCGGUUUUCUCUUGACGUUCCUUCGCGGGCGCCAACUCCGGUCCGCACGCCAGCGCGGUCGCAGCCGCGACGCGCGUCGACCCCGGAAUCCCGCACCGGGGAGUGGAUUUUGCGCCGCCACAGCAGCGUGAGGUCCCGUCGUUCCUCAACUGAGAAUGGACGGCCCAGUGCUUCGUCGCUGCAGACACCGCGACGGCUAGACCGGGACUCGCAGGCGUCCCUGGAUCAAUCCGAACUCGCCCAGCGCCGCGCGUCGCUCUUCGGUGGGCGUUGCAGGCACUGUUACCACUUUGUCGCCCAAGGUGAGACGACUGAGCAUGACCGCUACUGCCCCUUGAAACCAUUGGCCUGCCAACAAACGGAUCCGAGGACCGGCACGGCCUGCGGCUACAUAUGCCGCGGGAGGACCAUGCUUCUCGACCACGAGGCCCGCUGCCACGCGAGCAACUCGAGACGCCCGACACCGUCGAAGGAGCGCCCGGAAAGCGUUAAUCGCCAGCAUGCCUCUGGUUUCUACUUCAACUCAGAUGCAGCGGGGCCCUUACUGUGUCGCUUUUGCGGUGCCAAGUUCGACUACUCGGCGGCGCUGGCGCGACACAAGGUACUUUGUCUUGAGGUAGAAGUUCCGUGUCCGCUCAAGUGCGGCAAAAUGUUUCGUCGUGGUGACGUCGCAAAACACCUGCAACAGCAGGCGCUUGAGCACAAGCCGAUGCAUGUUCCAGACUUGGCCACGUGCGCUGGGGACGAUCCAAGAAUUGCCCUGGCCCUCGUCCUGAAUCUGCUCCUGCAAAAGGCGAGUGGUGCGGGCAAAAGUGACCUGAAUACGCCGGCCGAGGACGGCACCGCACCGUCGCAGCGGAAGAAGGCUGAAGGUACACCUCCAUCCACUCUUGGGCCUGGCGGCGCCUCUGCGGCAGCACGCUCCUCUGCAACAUCCCUCCUGGCUUCGCCGAAUACGACGGCGAAGGUUCCAAGCUCAACCCUUGUCCCGCGUCGUGGCUCCGGUACUCACCCCAAACCAACGCAUAUUUUGCCGGGGCGGGCGCAGAAGACAGGGCUAAUCAACCCAGAACCAGCUGCACCCAACGAGAAUGGAAGUUCUCGCAUUAACGAGCCCAUUACCAAACCGCCUCGCGCAACGGAGUUGUUGAUCCCAGCGGAGAAAGCUUCUCCAAACGCCCCUCCAACGUCAGCUUCCGCGGAGGACACCGCCGGAAGCUCUGUGAAGCGGCCUCCAGAGGGGAAGGGAGGCCAAAAGAGUCCACCGCCUGGCGGCGAGGAUCAUGAGCUGGAUGAGGCCUUGCGUGACAUCGAUCAGCAACAAAAAAGCAUUGACCGACUGAAGGCGAGGUAUGAGGCACGACAUCAAAAGGAUAUGAGCGAUGAGGAGCAAAAAAGGCUUCUCGGUGAGAUCCAAAAAACCGCUGGGGCCAUUGAAACUCGUAUCAAGAAACUUCACAAGCAGGUGAUGGAAUACGUGGACCGAGAUGAAGCAAAUCCGUCAAGCGUUAUACAGAUGCUGGGAAGCUGGCGAUUGCUUGAGCGGAACUGGUACGAUGUGAAGUUCGCCGUGUACGACCACGCAAUGUCUUGUUAUGCCUAG